CCACCACCAUCAUCUUCAUCAUCAUCAUCAGUCUUCACGUUGUAGUGCAGACUGCGCAUGCGCCCGGCAUUGGAAUUACCGCACUGGCAAGAAUAAGUUGUAGCUCGUCUUGUCUUCUGCAAAAGGAGGCUAGGAAAAAAAAAAAAACACACGCCAUCAAAAGACGCGAGUAUGGCGGUGUUAAGAAGAAGGUGGUGGUGCUUUUGUGUCUGGGUGUUCCCCCUCGUAGUGGCCGUGGUGUGCGCACAAAGUGUCGGUGUGAAUGAUCCGAGCAAUAUGCCGUUGGUUAAAGAGACGGUGGACAGGCUGUUGACAGGUUAUGAUAUUCGUCUCAGGCCAGAUUUCGGAGGUGCGCCAGUGGGAGUGGGCAUGAAUAUUGACAUCGCCAGCAUAGACAUGGUGUCUGAAGUCAAUAUGGACUACACUUUGACCAUGUACUUCCAGCAGGCCUGGCGAGAUAAGCGCUUGUCCUAUUCGGAGAUUCCCCUCAACCUGACCUUAGAUAACCGCGUGGCCGACCAGCUGUGGGUGCCUGACACCUACUUCCUCAACGACAAGAAGUCUUUCGUCCACGGCGUCACUGUGAAGAACAGAAUGAUCCGACUGCACCCGGAUGGCACUGUGCUCUACGGUCUGAGGAUCACCACGACAGCUGCUUGUAUGAUGGACCUCAGAAGGUAUCCACUGGAUGAGCAAAACUGCACAUUGGAAAUUGAGAGUUAUGGUUACACAACUGACGACAUUGAGUUUUACUGGCGAGGAGGCAACAAGGCCGUGACUGGCGUGGACAAGAUUGAAUUACCACAGUUCUCCAUCGUGGAUCACAAACUCAUCUCCAAGAAUGUCGUCUUCUCUACAGGAUCUUAUCCCCGCCUGUCGUUAAGUUUUAAGCUGAAGCGAAACAUCGGAUACUUCAUCCUGCAAACGUAUAUGCCUUCAAUCCUCAUCACCAUUCUCUCCUGGGUCUCCUUUUGGAUCAACUAUGAUGCAUCUGCUGCCAGAGUUGCUCUAGGUAUUACCACGGUGCUGACUAUGACCACCAUCAACACCCAUCUGAGAGAAACGCUUCCCAAAAUCCCCUACGUCAAAGCCAUUGACAUGUACCUCAUGGGUUGCUUCGUCUUUGUCUUUCUGGCCUUACUGGAGUACGCAUUGGUCAACUACAUCUUCUUUGGUCGGGGCCCUCAGCGUCAGAAAAGGGCCGCCGAGAAGACGGCUACAGCCAACAAUGAAAAAAUGCGAAUGGACCCAAACAAGUGGCUGGUGGGCAACGUCGUUGGCCGAGAUGACACUUUGUACGCCAGGAUGAAACAACGGGAUCUCGACGGUCACGACUCAAUGUGGGAACCUAUCUUUAUGGACGACGGUGCAAUCGGACUCGGCGACCAAAAGAAUAAGAUGGACCCACAUGAAAACAUCUUGCUGAGUACUUUGGACAUCAAGAACGACAUGGGAAUUUCAGAGCUGGCUUUGGGUCUGAAUGACCCGCGGAACACCAUGCUAACGUACGACAGCUCUACCCUUCAGUACCGCAAAGCAGGGCUGGCCCGCCACAAUUUUGGCCGAAACACGUUGGAGCGCCACAUGACUCAGAAGAAGAGUCGACUACGGAGGCGCACCUCGCAGCUCAAGAUCAACAUUCCAGACUUGACCGACGUCAACUCCAUAGACAAAUGGUCGCGGAUGAUCUUCCCAACUGUCUUCUCCUUUUUCAACAUUAUUUACUGGCUUUAUUAUGUCAACUAAAACAGUCAACUAAAACAUUUUGCUAAAUAAUUCUUUUUUUUUUUUUUUUUUUAUUAUUUACGUGAGUUACUUUUGUGUCUCGUGACAUGGACCAACGUAUCACAGCCAGGAUCGCAUACGUCAUAUCUUUGAAUAUCACAUCUGCUGAUCACACACAAAAGGGAGAUGAACAUAAAAGGUGCCUGCUCUAAAGUCAUUGUUUUGUUUUCUUGGAAUUACACAUUGUGAUUUAUGUUUUUUCAUAUACUGUACAUAUAUAUUUUUGGUAUAUAUAUUUCAGUUAAUUCACUUAUUGCCAAAAGUUAUAUAGAAGUAGAAUUGUUGAAUUUAAAUUGUUUUACUGUCUGUUUUGUUUAAAACUGGUGAAACAUGUGCAUUUAUUAUUUUUACUUUGCAAUAUUUUUUUUAAUUAUAUUAUAUCAAUUAAUAGUGAAGUGACAUUAAUGAUUAGAUUUAAUUUGCUAGGCGGUAUUUAGUAUGUCCCCUAAAAUAAUCAAAACGAGCCGUUUAAUUUCUAUGAAAUAGUACUGUACAAAUUGUGUCAUACAUAAAAGCACAAAUAUCAGCUAAUGACAUUCUUUUCCUUAUUGUGCUUAAAAAUCUUUGUUUACUUCUAGCUGAUGAUUAACUGUAAGACCACAAAAGAUAACCAUAUAUUGUAAUUUAAAGCAAAUAGAUAUUUGUGUACUUUAGAUUAUCUUCGUUGUAGUUAGUGGUCUAGAAAAUGGAUUUUACAAAACAUUUUUGCACACAAAAUCUUAAAAGCCAUAAAGGCUGCACCAUGGUUCGAGUGCUGGUGCUUGUAAAGUUUAUAAAAUGGACUUAAGCUACAUACCAAC